UAAUAUUCCAUAGUAUGAGAGCUCAAAAGUAUUUAACAAAACAAAAACAGUACAAGGAGUACACACACAGUACACCGAGUACACAUUACUACCGGCGAAAGUUCAUUCAUUCAUGUCCCAGUUUACGAAUUUCAUUAAUGAAAAUAUAUUCCACGAUACAUAUCUGUUAUUUGAACUUCUUAUCCGUUUAACCAAUUAUCAAUAAAAUAUGUACGUAUAUGUUCGCGGUCUGUGAGUUCUCAAAUGAUUCCUGAAAUCAUGUACUUUCAAUGAUUUUUGUUACUUGACGUCUCUCUCAUGGUUGGAUGUUUUGAAUUUUUUGAAUCUAACCAACGUGCGAUUGUAAAAAAAUGAAACGUUUGAAGAGCGAAUUGAUUAAUGCCACGAUUGAAUCUUAUUUAAAGCGGCGUCAUUACCAGAUCGGUGAUGUUUUCUGCAAAGCCAGCCAAAUAAAUUGUCGAACGAGCGAUGAAAUGACCCUGAACGCGACCGCUGCCUCUGCCACAUCUCAAGACAAUUCCAUUAUUUUUAGUGCCAUUAGUAUUGAUGUUGCCGCUGCAGAUCAAGCGUAUCAACGGUUAAAGAUGUGGGUAAAUAUUGUAGUUGAUGAUAAAUUAAAAAUGGAAUUGAAAGGGCUUUUAUACCCUGUAUUUUGUCACUUGUAUCUAGAGAUGCUACAUGUUGGUAACAGGCAAGCAGCUACUCAAUUUCUAAAAUUACAUCAAAAUGAGUUCAAUAGCGAAACAGAAAAAGACUUCUUAGAAGAGUUGUCGAGUGUGUUUUCAGUUCAAGAUAUUGAAUUAAGACCCUUAGUCAAUUCAUUCAGAACUAGAAAAUACAAAGUAGACAUGUCAGACAUUGCUCAUUUGUGUCUACAACAGUUUCUUUCGAAACAUGGUCACAUUAUAUUGAUGCAGAUAAUCAACACGCACGUGACAAUAAUUAAAAAAAUGGAUGUACCUGAAACAGAUACAGAAGGAUGCGAGGAAACAGGUGCACGUCCUGAGAUAGGAAUCAAUGGUUACGUGGAACAGCCAUCGGGUACAGGAACUGAUCGUGAGAUGAGAGAAUUGCAGGAAGCCAUAAGAUUAAUUAGAAAUAAUGCUCAUCAACCUGUGCGAAUAUUCGCAGUGAAUAAUGCUGUCGAAAAUGCGAGUAGCGGUGUAAUUCCCCCUAAUAUGGACAAACUAGCAGUAGGAUUUAGUACUACAGAAAUUAGGCUAUGGGGUAUAAAUGAAGCAGUAUUAAUUAAGCCAAAGUACGAGGAGUCUCCCUUCAAGUUUGCCUCUGAUAUCCCUUUCUUAAACAAAUUUUAUGAAACUUCAGACCAAAUGACUGAGAACGGGGCAGUGAUACUUAGAGGUCAUACAGAUAUUGUGCAUGAUUUAAGGUUUAUUCCAGAAUCGGAAAUUUUACUUUCCGUCUCUAGUGACAAGGAUAUGAGAGCGUGGAGGCUUAACGAUUAUACAUGUGCUGCUAUUUACAGUGGUCACAAUUAUCCUAUAUGGUGCAUGGAUCUUAGCGUAUUUAAUCUAUAUGUAGCGACUGGUUCUCAUGACAGAACUGCUAAAUUGUGGUGUUUAGAUAGGAUAUUCCCAUUGCGCAUAUUCGCCGGUCAUUUUUUAGAUAUAAAUUGUGUAAAAUUUCAUCCAAACGCCCGUUACCUGGCAACCGGGUCCGCUGAUAAGACUGUCAGAUUAUGGGAUAAAGACGAUGGAAAUUUGUUAAGGGUGUACGUCGGACCCCAGUCAACGAUUUAUAGUUUAGCUUUUAGUCCAGAUGGAAAAUACCUAGCAGCUGCCGGUGAUGACAAAUCUAUUUCCGUUUGGGAUUUAGCAACGAACGCAUUAUUAACUGAGCUGAAAGGCCACGAGGACACCGUAAUGAACUUGGAUUGGAGCCUCGAUGGCCAAUACAUCGCUAGCGGGAGUUUGGACGGCACUAUUCGUUUAUGGCCUACUCAAGAUCAUAUUAAAACUGUUAAUAGCAAUGCAUCAAACCAAGUACCUGAAACAGAAUCGCCACAAGUAUACUCAACUUGCUGCUCAAGCAUUCUAUCGUUACGUUAUUGUAAUAAAAACAAUUCUCUCGUGUGUAUCGGGACGGUGGACAGUUUGUGAAGUCAAGAAAUUAAACACGAUAUGCUUGAAAAUCAGGUCUUUUAUUAUUACUCUUCACUGUGAACAUUAUAACACUGGGCCUAAUCUUUUUAAUACUGCACAUCGCAACAGAGAAAACGAUGAUUUUUUUAAUCCUGUUGUCGAAGUCCUUCGAUAUACUACGUAAUAAAUGUUGAAGUAAUUUGUCUCGCGUAAAAUCCAAGAAAGAAGAUGAACAGUAACCAUAAUAUCGGCCUCCAUGUUCCUAUGUUCCGUGUUAUUCGAAAAGGCUCUGCUGUACGUAUGCUAAAACCAAGAAAUUAAAUAAAUCGAACAAAUUUCAUUUGGUAUACUCAAUAAAUUUAAUAUACAUUUUU